CGAACAGAUAUUGAUAAACAUCAAACGCAAGUAUAACAGAAAACGUCAAACUCUCCUAAAGACUGAAUGAAAAAAAAUAAACAAAUAAAAAAACUUAUACGCGUGAGAAAAAAAAGUCGAUUAUUGAUGAGAAAGCGUUCGCGCAUGCGCAUUUAACUCUAUUGCUAACGAAAGUAAUGAGUGUCAAGGUAAGUGGGUGACGUACAGCUGUCAGCUGCAGAGUUCAAACACGACAUUCAGCCAAGAAAUGGUUUCCCAAAGUGUCCUGGAGACGUUUUUGGUGUCACCCCGAGCGUGUACGGUGCGUGUGGGGCAGCUGUGAGUGCAGGACGACGUCUGUGAGUGUGGGAGUGUCAGGCUGCUGAAGCCCCGUUAGCUUAGCACGACUUCUGUCUACUGACUUCCGUCUCUUCGGCUCUGCUACACACGGACACGGACACGGAGUUUGUCUGGCUUUUUUAUGUGUCGUCGCCAGGAUGGAGUCGAAUUAGAGCCAGAAGGAGCUGUGGAGGUUUGUGAAGCGCUCACGGACGAUAUCUGCCGACACCGAGGCUGCUGGCUGCUGCUAGAUAAGAGCUGUGUGUGGAUGCGGUGACACACACGACCGGUCCGUUAUGGUCGUCACUCGCCUUUAUCUUUUGGCCUUUAAACACAUUCAAUAGCUGUGAAGGUGACGUUUUCUCGGCGGUAUUAAUGCUGUCGACAGUCACCCCUGACCUGUCUCCGGAGAGCCCCUUACUUGGCACCCUCCCGCUGCCACCAGCUCGCUCACGCAACAGCGGCCCCAGCAGCGGCGCCGCCACCCAUCCCCCCGCCGAGCUGCCUGCGCGUCCCCUCCGGAAGCGCAGCAGCGAGGCCGGAAGCGGCAGUGCCAGCCCACCGGUCCGUGGUGCCAUGGAGGUGGGUAUGCGUGUGGUGCGUGGCGUUGAUUGGAAGUGGGGCAACCAGGAUGAUGGCGAGGGUCAUGUGGGAACAGUGGUGGAAGUGGGGCGACAGGGCAGCACCAGCACACCUGACAAGACAGUGGUGGUGCAGUGGGACAGCGGUACUCGCACCAACUAUCGCACCGGCUACCAAGGUGCCUAUGACUUGCUGCUUUAUGACAACGCACAGAUCGGUGUCCGCCACUCGAAUAUCAUCUGCGACAGCUGCAAGAAGCACGGCAUCAUGGGAAUGCGUUGGAAAUGCAAGGUGUGCUUCGACUACGACCUGUGCACGCAUUGCUACAUGAACAACAAACACGACCUGUCGCACGCCUUCGAGCGCUACGAGACUGCGCACUCGCAGCCAGUGAGCUUGGCACCGAGGCAAAACCUAUCCCGGAUAAUCCUUAAAGGAAUCUUCCAGGGCGUUAAAGUCGUGCGUGGACCCGAUUGGGAUUGGGGCAACCAAGACGGAGGAGAGGGGAAGAUCGGGAAGGUUGUCGAUAUUCGAGGUUGGGACCAAGAGUCGGGCCGCAGCGUAGCCAGUGUCACCUGGUCCAACGGCACCACCAACGUCUACAGGAUGGGGCACAAGGGCAAGGUGGACCUCAAAUAUGUCUCAGAUGGCCAAGGAGGCUUCUACUACAAGGAGCACCUUCCCAAACUAGGUGAACACGCAGAGCUGCAGAGGCAGGAGAGUGCUGAUGGGCACACGUUCCAGCAGGGCGAUAAGGUAAAAUGCCUGCUGGACGUGGACAUCCUCAGGCAGAUGCAGGAAGGACACGGAGGCUGGAAUCCUAAAAUGGCAGAGUACAUCUGCAGAAUCGGGACCGUGCACAGGAUAACGGACCGAGGGGAUGUGCGAGUUCAGUACAGCAACAACAUACGCUGGACUUUCCACCCAGGAGCUCUGACUAAAGUGAAUACUUUUGCAGUAGGUGAGUUCGUGAGGGUACUGGAUGACAUCGAGACUGUGAAGAGGCUACAAGCCGGCCACGGAGAAUGGACUGACAGCAUGGCGACUGCCCUGGGUCAGGUUGGCAAGGUUUUGAAAGUGUAUGCGGAUGGUGACCUGCGUGUCGCAUUUGGAGGACAAACGUGGACUUUUAACCCUGCAUGUCUCUCGGCUCAGCCCGGCGAGGUGGACGCCAAUCUGAUGACGGCUGAGAAUCCAAGUGAAUCAAGAACUACAGUCAUUUCAAUCCUGGAGAAGUUGUUGUCUCAGUCCACGGAGCAGGAUAACCCCGGCCGCCUGGUCAUCGAAGCCGCUCACGGCAGCGCUGCUAAAGUCCGCGAACUAGUGCAGAAACAUCCGGAGAAGGUGGAUAUAAAGAACCAAGGGAAGACGGCCCUCCAGGUUGCUGCUCACCAGGGUCAUAUAGAAGUAGUGAAGGUCUUGUUGCAGGCCAACAGCAGCAUUGAGGCCAAGGAUGAAGACGGAGAUGCCGCGCUGCACUACACAGCCUUCGGGAACCAAGCUGAAAUCGCACGCCUCCUUCUGAGCAAAGGGGCCGGCGUCAACCUGCUGAACAACUCCAUGUGUACAGCGCUCCACAUCGCUGUCAACAAGGGCUUCACUGACGUGGUGAAGGUACUGACCGAGCACUCUGCUGAUGUCAACCUGCAGGACUCUUACGGGGACACGCCUCUGCACGACGCCAUCGCUAAGGACUUCAGGAGUAUCAUUGAGAUCCUGACCGUGGUGCGCAACAUUGACUUUACACAACAGAACAACCGUGGUUUCAACCUUCUGCACCAUGCAGCCCUGAAGGGCAACAAACUUGCAACAGAGAUGAUCCUGGCACGGGCCCGGCAGCUGGCUGACGUGAAGAAGGAAGACGGCUUCUCCGCUCUUCACUUGGCCGCGCUCAAUAACCACUACGAGGUGGCCGAGACCCUUAUCAAAGAGGGUCGCUGUGAUGUCAACAUCCGCAAUAAUCGCGGUCAGACGCCUCUGCAGCUGGCGGUCACUCAGGGACACAUGCAGGUGGUGGAGCUUCUUGUGAUCGAGGGAGCCAACGUGAACGCUGAGGAUGAGGAGGGAGACACGGCCAUGCACACGGCCCUAAGCCGCCAACAGCUCACCACCACGCUGAGCAGCGCAGAGAGAGAAGCCUCAAACCUCUACAGCAGACUGAGUGGCUCGGGGCUGUUAGGGAACACCGAGCUGAACGUCGGGGCUGCUAUUGCCUGUUUCCUGGCUCAAGAGGGUGCUGAUAUAAACUACGCCAACCAUAAAGGCAAGAGUCCACUGGACUUGGUGACGGACAGCAUCGUGAUGCAGCUGAUUAGAAGCUUCUCUGAGAAAUAUCGACUGCAGGCCGGUACGUGUGGGACGGGUGGCAGCGGGAGCAGUAGCAGCAGUCUGAGGCGGGUUCACACCACACCCAACACCAUGACCAAUCUGGUCAUGCCCAGCGCACCAGGCCCCAGCGAGUGCCUCAUCUGCUCUGAGCUCGCCCUUCUUGUGCUUUUCUCCCCAUGCCAGCACAGCGUUGCCUGCGAGGAAUGCGCUCACAGAAUGAAGAAAUGCAUCAAAUGCCAGGUCACCAUCACUAAGAAAAUACGACAAGACCAAACAGAGGUAGACAGCAGUCCAAACUCAGACAUCUCGGAGCAGCACCACCUGCUGGAGCAGCUGCAGUCACGCUACAGGCAGAUGGAGGAGCGUAUCACUUGUCCCAUCUGCAUCGACAACCACAUCAAGCUUGUGUUUCAGUGCGGCCACGCCUCCUGCAUGGAGUGCAGCUCCGCCCUCAAGACCUGCCCCAUAUGCCGCCAGAGCAUCCGCGAGAGGAUCCAGCUUUAUGUCUGAUGUGUGCGAGCUCACUCACACCUACAUACACACGCAACAGUGUGUCACGGCUUACUUUUACGAUGGCAAGUGGGGCGGGGGGUUAUAUGGUGGUGGUGGAAUAUAGGAUGUGCUGUAUUUAAUCAAUCAGCCUGACUUCUCCAUCGUCAUCAUCCAAACGCAGGAAGCCAAGCCCACGUGUGCAGGCUUCACCAUCCAUCACGCAUAUGGGGACAUCUGUGCACAUUCUUGUCCAGUUCCUCAAAAAGAAAAUGCAAACACACAAUCCUCUGGGCCAUUACAAACACCAGUCAUUUCCACUGGGACACAUCAUCUGCUUUCUGUGAGAUUUACAGCUCUUUUUUUUCUUUCUUUUUUUUUAAGUAUUUUUUUUUUAAAUGUAAUUAUUUACUAAAUCACCGUAGCUCUGAGAAGUUUACAGACUGACACUAUUGUUGGAUUCUCUGUGAAAAAAACAAAACAAAACAUAAACCUCUCUUAUGGAUGUAGAGUUAUUACAGCUGGAUGCACAGCUGGAGUUCGGAGGUGGGCUUGUUUGGAAGUCAUACAAAACUGCAGCUUUUAAGUUUCACGUCGACGUACGGCGCCUCUCCCAGUCCCUGCGCCGGUAGACCCUCAAAAUCUUUCCACAAGUGAAGGAUAUACAAUGCAUGCUGAUAUGCAUAUUAUCUACAUGAUAUAUUGUGACAUGGAUUACAUUUGUGGUGUUCUAAGGCAAUCAGUUGUUUGUUUUUAUUUCAUUUUGUUAUUUUGUGUGUGAAGGCAACCUUGUAGCCUCGAGGUCAAGUGAAGGAGGCCAAACAAAGAAACUCAUGGCACUACUAAGUGUUUUUUUGUUUGUUUGUUUGUUUUUUGUUAUGGUCAAAGAAAGGAAAACUUUCACAAAUGAAAUAAAUAAAAGGUCAUUUACUUUUCUUAGGGAUCUGUUUACAAAAAGGAAUCGAGUGUGAGACACUACAGAAAUCGGGUGAAGUUCGAUCGGGUGUAGUUUAUGUUCUCUGUGCUCGUUUUAGUGGUUUGAGGUUUUAAAAAAAAAACUGGUCAGAGAUCAUCUUUUUGGCUUUGUGUCAUAAUGAAUAAGGUUAAAAUAUUAAUCUAAGAUAAUCUUAGAUCUCAGCUGGGACUUUUCAUCAUUAUUUUUAUUACACCAUUCAAAGUGGGGAGGUUUUCCCUAAUCUAAUUUUGUACAUUGGCUGUCGAAGACUGCUGCUUAUGGUGAAGAACUGAACUGUCCUUUGCUUUCGCUGUUAACUAAACAGGACAAACACUAUACUACACCUUCACACUUGGAAAGUAGUCAGUAUCCAAUGGUUCUUUUCUUUCUUUCUUUCUUUCUUUCUUUCUUUCUUUCUUUCUUUCUUUCUUUUUCGAAAGUUGUAAAUUGUAAAUUGCAUCCAAAUGGCAAAAAACAGUGUGUGUAUUCGUCAAUAAGUGUUUUCCCAUCGUCAGUCCCUACCUAAAUUUCCCUAAACCCGACCUGAGAAUCCGAACCAGUUAUAUGUUUUGUUCCAGAAGGGCUUGUUGUUUGCAUCGAACAAAUCUAUUUUAAUUGUUACUAUUUUAUUUUGUAUUAUAUUCCAUGCCAAACAAAACGGGGUUUUGUAGAUUCCAUAUUUGGGCUAGUUCAAAUACUACGAUGUGCUUAUUAUCGGAAUGUCAGUAAUAAGAUCCUGCUGCUGCAUCACAGCUUGAGCAUGCUAGCAAAGUAAAAUGAAUAUAAGUGCCAAAUUUAAUAUGUAUUAAGGAAAAAAAUAUGAAUAAUUCACACACAUUAGUUCUUCAUACAAGUGUAUGAAGUCUUUGUGAACCUCUUGUGAAUUCUGAGACAUCGGUAUGUUUUAUAAAACUUGUAUUUGAGUUUUUUCCCCUUUCAGUUCUAAACAAAGAAAGGAAAAAAAAAAUAUUUGAUAAUAUCAAACUUUAGACAGCCUUCCGGUUUUGUUUGAAUAGAUGGAAUAAGGAUUAAGGUACUAUAAGCAAACUGUAGACGUUCUUAAAGAGCAACAAGGCAGAGAUAAUUAAAGAAAAUGCUCACGUGAAUAGCAGGAUUGUGUGAGCGCCUUGUGUUUUGUGUUGUAAAGUGUGUUCUCUAAAGGUCCUUUUUUUUUUAAAAGGGAGGUUAAUAGUCUUUUUUUUUUUUAGACUUUCGUUGUCUUGAUGGUAAUUGCAGUACACAAUAGCGUGUGUAAGAGUGGUCUUCAGCUUGCCAAUCAGGUUGUAAAGUACAACAGCUUAAAAUGGCAUGAGAAAUAUUCCAUCUAAAUUUCAGCACGUUCAAAUUGGCAUGUUCGGUGUGAACUCUGUGUGAGUUGGCAGCAGACGUAGGAGGCCAAUAAAGGCUUAUGACGAUGUUGAAAGAUUAUUUGAAGUGUUACUGUUGAUGUUUGUACAGUUCAGCACGCAACGUUCUGAUGUUGGCCUUACUGUCCAUUCCGUGUUUUAUUUUUUUUAUUUUUUUUUUUUAAGUUUUACUGUACAAAAUAUUUUGCAAUAAAUAUGGAACUGUUUUAUAAGGAAGAA